UAAGAAUGCUGUGAACAGCUUUGUCCCUCUUGAAGCAGGUACUUAAAGAGGAUAUUUGUGAUCUAAAGUCUGACAGACGUUAUGGGUGUGUUUAAGCACAUCCCUGUAGAUUUUAUCUCAGCUUGUUUGGGAAUUGUCUUCAUUCUGCUCGACGUAGGGCUGGAUAUAUGGGCCGCUGUAUCCUUCUACCAGGAGAAAGCCUACUGGAGCCUCGGUGUCCUGCUGCUGCUUCUCAUCGGCUCGUCCGUUCUUGUUCACGUCUACAGCUGGCUGUGGUACAGCUACGACGGCUUUGAGAGGCAGACGAAGGUUGAGAAAUGUCUGAGCCUGAGAGCGCUCAAGAUUCUUCAUGUGUUGCAGCUGGGAAUCUACUUCAGGCACGCAGGUGUCGCAGAGAUUUCUUUACGCAGAUUUUCUUCAACGAACCAAGAUCAUAGAGAUAAGGCACUGUUCACGAGGAAUGACCUGAGCAUUCUGCGGCUUAUAGAGACGUUUUCGGAGAGCGCUCCACAGCUCGUCCUCAUGCUCGCUAUCAUCCUGCAGCGUGGCGAGCUCAACCCUGUGACAGUGGGGAAGACCAUCGGAUCGGCCUUAGCCAUCGCUUUCAGGUUGACCAUGCACUACCGACUUGAGCGUGCCAUCCUGGUCAACCAGCAGAAGCAGCAGAUAACCACCUCUGUGAUCCACUUCACCUGUAACUUGUUCCUCAUCUCGUCUCGCAUCACCGCUCUCGCCCUCUUUGCCUCCGUGCUGCCCUGCUUAAUUUUCAUCCACUUCCUGUGCUCUUGGAGUGUUUUAUUCUUCAUUGCCUGGAGAUCUGGGACGGACUUCAUGGACAGCCCUUGCGGAGAGAGACUUUUCCAAGCCACUGUGGCCCUCAUUUGUUAUUUCGACUGGUUUAAUGUGGGUAAGCAGAGACCAUGGUUGAGGCGUCCGCUUUAUCAUGGGUGCACACUGGUUGACAUUUCCCUCCUCUGCGGUCUGUGGUACUGGAAGAUGAGCACUGAACUGCCGUGUUUUAAAAUCCCGCUCUUGUAUGCUGUAGUCACUGUUGUCUGUGUUGUUGGGGUUUACAUCCUCGGUCUCCUCUUUAAAAUGUUACAUCAUAAGUGCUCCAUUCAAAGUCUUUCCACGGUCGAGUUGGGAGGGCGCACCGCUGACAUAAAGUCAAACAGAGUUAUAGCAGUUUCUGCAGAUGAUCCAGACUCAAAGCUUCCUGAGCCUCCACUCAGUGUCGAGGCUAAAAACGUUAAGUCUCACAAACAAUCUGUUAGUGUUAUAUUAACAGGCGUGUCAUAACAUAGUUCAUAAGAACUUGACGUGUUGAAAAUGAACGUGACACGUCAUUUUUUUUGUGUUAAGGCAUAAAAACAUUGCGUGUUAACACUACCAAGCUGUAUGUGUUAACAUGCAUUUUAACGUAGUGAUAACAAAGUCAUUUGUAGGACGUUAGUUGCUCUUAAGGCCUUCCAUAGAUUACAGCGGUGUGGAGCAUGGAUUGGGCCAAAAGGUCUAGUUUGGCUUUUGCAUGAGUAGUGGGCAUAGUUUGCUGUUUAUUGCUCCCUGCUGUCUUUGAAUGCAGCCUAGUGAAAAGUAGGUCAACUCCUCCCCUGGUCCAAACCCUAAAUUGGCCCGAGCUUAUUUAAGGCACCUGUGACAUGAUGGCUUCCUUUUCUCUUUGUCUGCGUGUUGGUUGCCUCGUGGCUCUGCCCCCCUGAUUCUGAGCUAUGUAAUGUGUCUAAAAUAUAUUUUGACAUUGCUAAAAGGCAUUUAUGCUUCAAAUUGUGACUAAGUUGGCUUUUUGUCGUAUAGUGUCCUGUUGUCUUCCUGUCUGCAUGUUUCCUGUCUGCCUAACCUGCCUGGUCGUAUUGGUGUCUCGCUGGAUGAGUUGUUUUACCGUGGACUGAACGACACCCUCAAGGCUGCCUUAUAAUUACACCUUUAUGUCCAGGUAUGAUACAUUAGGUAUUUAUAGACAAUGAUCAGGACCUGGGGUUUGUAGGCCUGAAUGUAGGCUGUCUCCCCCCCUGCUGGUGCCAACUCACUUCCCCUCCCAAAUAACUUUGAUUGGAGUGUUUUAAUAAAAGAGUCAUUUUUUUAUUGUGAUAACCUUUUUACACAUAUUUACA